GGGGUUCACUCCACGCGCCCCGAAUCCCCUCCCUCCACACACCCGCGCCGCCGGCGGCGAGCUCUCGCCGUCGCCGAUGACCCCCACCGCGCUGUUCGCCUCCCCCUCCCUUUCCCGCGUCUCCCCCGCGCCGGCCGUCCGAGCCCCCGAGUCCUUGGGGCGGUCCGGGUCGUCUGGGUUCGCCUUCCCCGCUCGGCUGCAGGGUCUCUCGCUCCACCUGAGGCCGCCUGCUAUGGCCGCCGCCGCCGGCGGCGGCGGCGGGAACGGCUCUACCAUCGCGCCGGAGGACUCCACAGCGUUGUCCAGGGUUGGAGAAGUCGAGAGGGUGACCAAGGAGACAAAUGUGCAUGUGAAGAUCAACCUGGAUGGCACUGGUGUUGCCGACUGCAGCACAGGGAUACCGUUCUUGGAUCACAUGCUCGAUCAACUGGCAUCCCAUGGGCUCUUUGACGUAUAUGUUAAGGCAAAGGGUGACACACACAUUGAUGACCAUCACUCGAAUGAAGACAUUGCUUUGGCAAUUGGAACGGCGCUACUUGAAGCACUUGGAGAUAGAAAAGGAAUUAAUCGGUUUGGACAUUUUACAGCGCCACUUGACGAGGCAGCGGUUGAGGUUAUAUUGGAUCUAUCUGGUCGUCCUCAUUUGAGUUGUGGCUUAAGUAUUCCUACCGAGAGAGUUGGCACAUACGAUACUCAGCUAGUUGAGCACUUUUUCCAAUCUCUUGUGAAUACAUCUGGCAUGACACUUCACAUCCGUCAGCUUGCUGGAACAAACUCACACCAUAUUAUUGAGGCAACUUUCAAAGCAUUUGCUAGGGCUCUUCGACAGGCAACAGAAUAUGACUUGCGCCGACGUGGCACUGUUCCCAGUUCAAAAGGUGUGUUGUCAAGGUCAUAGUGCCACAGGUUUGGGAAGAAAAAGGGCAUGUUACUUUUUCUUGUAGAUUGCAAUGUUCAAAGGAACCAGUGGUUCCGACAACAGAGCAUGGAACCAUUGCUGAUGAGAGCACCCCCACCCCCCUCUUCAAAAAAAAAAAAAAAAAAACUGCUAUCAGGCUCUAUUCAUCUUGUAACAAUGUAAAAUUUUUACCUUGAGUUACCUGCGUUUUUAUAACAAAAAAUAUGGUAUCUUAAAGAUGCUUUCUCAAAGAUGGAAGAAAAGCUCCCGAAAUAAACAUGCCUGCUCGUCAUUGCAAUUCUGGAUAUUCUCUUGAGUUGUGGCUAGCUUUUGUCAUAUCCGUUGUCCAUCAAACGGUGUGUAUGAUUCAAUCUGUAUUGAGUUCAGAAUUGAUCCGCGUGUUGAAGCUCUGUAUUCAUGGGGAAUAAAACAAUAAUAUUUGUGUCUUCAUUUC